AUGCCAUCAGUAUACACCCAUAUUACACUCGAUAUCACCGACCAGAUUGGAGUCAUCAAGCUAAACAGACCGUCGGUCUUGAAUUCCUGGAACGAGGCCAUGCUCGGGGAGAUGAUCUCUGCGUUCCGCGAGCUAGAUCAGCAUGAACGAACAGUGUUUACUGUGCUGACCGGCGAAGGGAGGUUCUUUUCCGCUGGGGCUGAUAUUCGACAAGACAUUCCAAAAGCACCGGAAAAUGCAACCGCCGCAGAGAAGAAACUGUUCUAUAUGCGCAAGUUCUCACGCGACCACACCAAGAUCCUCGUCUUAGCACUCAACGGCCCUGGCGUCGGCGGUGGUGCAGCCUGGUUCACUGGGCUAGCAGAUAUUAUCCUCGCCGUCUCUGGCGCAUACCUGCAAGUUCCGUUCAACAGCCUUGGACUGGUACCAGAGUUCGGUGCAGCGCAGACCUUUGCACAGAGCAUUGGUGUGCGCCGCGCAAAUGAUCUUCUUAUAUUUGGGCGGAAGUGUUCUGUCGAGGAGCUGGAAAACUGGGGACUUAUCAACAGGGUUUUUCCCGCACAGGGAUUCGUGGAUCAAGUGUUGGCUUAUUUACAGGGACAAUUAGAGGCUAAUGAUGGGGGAAGUAUGCUUGAGACGAAGAGGUUGACGAAUGGUCCUUUGAGGGCCGAACGAAUGCUGGGAAUGAUUGAUGCGGCGAAUGCGCUGGCGGAGAGGUUUGUGGAAGGGGUUCCAUUUGAGAGGUUUGCAAGGAGAAAUGAAGAACUAAAGAUGGCGAGAAAGGCCCGCAGCGGCAAGGAGAAGGCGUCUCUUUGA